CUCAAAGCAGAUGCAGCUGUGGACCCCUUUCGCACUGAGGGAGGCUCAGGGCGCAGGCAGUUGAACGACAGAUACGCUCCGCGGCGCUUGAUAAGUUCCCUGAGGCAAUGUCUACCUAAUACGCAUUCUUCUUCUUGUCCUUCUUACUGCCCCUUUUCCAUUCGGCUGCAAACAAGUCGAAAAUGGCAGACAGGGAGAUCUACUCUGCGACGUACAGCAAUGUCCCCGUCUAUGAGCUCAAGGUCGGCGGCGACCAUGUUAUGCGCCGUCGGUCUGACAACUGGGUCAACGCUACACACAUUCUGAAGAUUGCCGGGUUUGACAAGCCAGCGAGGACAAGAAUCCUAGAACGUGAGGUGCAAAAGGGCGUCCACGAGAAGAUUCAAGGCGGAUAUGGAAAAUAUCAAGGCACAUGGGUCCCUCUGAAUGAAGGCCGAUCGCUGGCUGAGAAACAUGGUGUUCUUGAUCGCACUGCCAAAAUAUUCGACUUCGUCCCCGGGGAUCGCAGCCCGCCUCCUGCUCCCAAGCAUACCACAGCCGCAUCGAAUCGUCCAAAGCAGCCGAAGCAGCCUGUCGCCCCACGAAAAGUACCGUCGCAGCCAACCCAACAUUACCCACCCGUGGACGGCUACGAAAGUGCCAGCGUACAUUUCAAUGGGACAGAAAGUCGAGAACACUCCCCGGAGACCGCUUCAUUCAUGGCAGAAGACGACUUUCUUCCGCUUUCCCAAAAUUCAACAGCUUCGAGAAAGCGAAAGCGAGAUUUUGAAGAAAUCGCUCCUACUGCAUCAGACCUUGAACAUACUCUGUAUGGCGACGAGUUGCUGGAUUAUUUUGUGACCGCUGGCGAUGACCCGGCCGCCUCCAACAUCCUACCUCCAGAACCGCCCGCAAACUUCGAUGUUGACAGGCCUAUCGACAACCUGGGUAACAAUGCUCUGCACUGGGCUUGCGCCAUGGGUGAUGUCGCUGUUGCACGAGAUCUCCUCGCACGCGGUGCAAAUCCUGCUGCUCAAAAUAAGAGCUCACUUGAGACUCCCUUGAUCCGGGCUGUUUUGUUCACCAACAAUUAUGAUAAGAAGACCUUCCCAAAAAUCGUGCAGGCUUUGGCUGGAACGAUCGUGGAGCGCGAUGCUUAUGGCGCCACUGUCUUCCAUCAUAUCGCCGAGUCAGCGCGCUCUCGGGGCAAAUGGAGUUGUGCUCGGUACUAUUGCGAGGUCUUGAUAAACAAAAUGCACGAGAUGGGCUCAAACUACGUUCAAGCGCUCCUCACCUCCGUUGACCACAAUCACGACACUGCAGCACUAUGUGCUAUCCGCAACGGAUGCGUCAAAGUUGCGACAUUCCUCCUCAAUCAUUGUCCGGAAGCAGGGGACAUACCAAAUCUGAAGGGUGAAACUGCCAACGAGUACCUCAGAGCUCUUCGAGAGAAAAAGGAAAGCCUCCAACAGCCAGGAUCGUCUCCCCCACGGGCUGGAGAGUCUUUCUCGUCGAAACAAUCACGCCGCAAACGACAGAAAGAAACAUUGUCCCGCGCUGCGUCAUUGGUGCUUGAUAAGAUCGUCCCUCUCAUAGACUCCGGCAGCUUCAAACUAGCCGAUAUGUACGAUUUGCAGAUGUCAGAGAAGGACACAGAAAUUUCAGAAGCCAAACACGCACUGAACGAGCUCGAGAACCAGCGACAUAAGAUUCGACAAGAGACCUUUGCACUGAUGGCGAAGGUCGAGGAUGUAUCCAAGAUUCCCACGCUGAGACACGAAUAUGAGGCAUGUCUGCGCGAGGUGGAGUCUCUCCUCGAACAGAAAGAACACGCCACCCUCCAGAAUGAAGUGUUCCAGCAAGACCAGCAAACGAGCCCCGAAGCCUUCCGUUUCCCCAACACGUCAACACUCUCACCCGAUGAGAUUCGUGCGGUCGUGCCAUGGGCGAUUGAGCUCAACAACCAACAGAAUGUUCGCCGACAGUGGGUCAAGGAUAUUGCGAAACUGAUGAGUGAUGCGGGUGCAAGCGAAAAGGUCGGCAAACACAGAAAGCUCGUGGCGAUUGCGACUGGACUCAAGGAGGACGAGCUGGACGGUAUGUCGGAGGAAUUGUUGGAAAGUUUGCAGGGAAACCAGGCUGGAAAUCCACCGCAGACGCCUCCGCAGGCUCCGGCUGAGGUCCAAGCGUGAUUCGCGCCCCCAUAUGAUGAAUGAGAGUACCUCCUGAAUGAAUCACAAUGACAUGCGCUUCACUUUUAUUCCA